AAAUCGUCAUUAAUCUCACUCUUUUAAUCUCUCUCUCUCAGUCUCUCUCUCUUUCUCGAUUGUCUGUCUGUGCAUGUGUUUGUAAUCUUCAAUCGGUCCAUGGCGAAAGCCCGGGCUACGAGACGAAUCCUUGACUCAUACUCCGUCAAAGGCAUCAACAAAACCAUCAAAGCUGGCGAUUGCGUUUUGAUGAGACCUUCCGACUCAUCGAAGCUUUCGUACGUGGCGAGAGUUGAGCAGAUCGAGUCCGACAGCAGAGGCGGCAACGUUAGGGUUCAGGUGCGGUGGUACUACCGGCCGGAGGAGUCGAUCGGCGGCCGCCGCCAGUUUCACGGCUCCAAGGAGUUGUUCCUCUCCGAUCACUACGAUGUGCAGAGCGCUGAUACGAUUGAAGGAAAGUGUACGGUUCACACAUUCAAGAGCUACACGAAGCUUGAUGCUGUUGGCAACGACGAUUUCUUCUGUCGUUUCGAGUACAAUUCGUCCACCGGGGCAUUCAAUCCUGAUAGAGUGGCCGUGUAUUGUAAGUGUGAGAUGCCUUACAACCCCGACGAUCUAAUGGUCCAGUGUGAAGGCUGCACUGAUUGGUUCCACCCAACUUGUAUAGAAAUGACCCCAGAGGAAGCCAAAAGACUUGAUCACUUCUUCUGCCAAAAUUGUUCUUCUGAAGAUCAAAAGAAGUUACAGAAUUCUCAUGCUACUUCCCGGCAUUCAGAUACCAAGGUGGAUACAAAGCGCCGUCGGAGGUGAUACGACAUAAAACACCACAUCGUGAGGUAGACAUAAAUUGAAGGAGUUGUUGGGGAGCUAAGUAAGGCUUCAAGCAAAAAACACAUAGGCAAAUGUUGUCUGCGUCACAAGCAAAAAACUCUUGUUAUGUACAUUUGUUCGGUUCAGGGUUUUCCUUCCAAAAAGUUGAGGGUGUGUUUGGUUGGUUGUAAUUAUUAAAUGUAGAUUCUUUGUUUCUGGGGUAUUAUGUUUCACUACUAGGGGUUUUCUGUGUAUCUCAUAUCAAAUAAUUUAACUUAGCAGCAAUAGAUAAAGAGGUCUUUGCUUGAUGCUUUAUUUGACUGGAAAA